UCAUGUGACCGUGGGGUGGUCACGGGUGUGGAUAUGCGCCGUGUGGUCAUUGUUACAGUUGCCUGUCGGGUCACUGGUUGUAAGUCUGCGUCGUGUGGGACACAACUUGAUUAUUGGGCUGGGUUCCAGAGGGAACGUUUAGCAGCGCCGGUGUGUUAGGCCUAGUGAGUAGAGGAGCACGUCUCGGCACUUUAUAACCAAAAAAAGGGAUGUGAUUGUCCGAAGUAGUUACUCGGUGUUAUCACAGUCCAACUUGAAGAUGGCAAUACCCAUGAACAAGCUUUGUGGUCUGGUUGCAGCAACCUUCACACCGAUGACUCAAGAAACUGAAAUAAACCUCUCUGUAAUUGGUCAGUAUGUUGAUUAUCUGGUAAAAGUCCAGGGGAUUAAAAAUAUUUUUGUGAAUGGCACAACUGGAGAGGGCAUGUCCCUUACUGUUGAAGAAAGAAAAUUGCUUGCUGAAGAGUGGAUUAAGCAAGGAAAGGGCAAGUUAGAUCAAGUGUUAAUUCAUGUGGGUUCCUUAAGUAUAAAAGAAUCAAAACAAUUGGCAAUACAUGCUGCCGAGUGCAAUGCUUCUGGGAUUGCAGUCAUUUCCCCAUUUUUCUUCAAGCCUCAAAGUAUAGAGGCUUUAACAGAAUGCCUAAAGGAAGUAGCAUCUGCUGCCCCUACCACCCCUUUCUACUAUUACCACAUUCCUGAAUUUACUGCAGUAUCUUUAAAUGUUGUGGAACUGCUAGAUGGGAUCGAGAAAAGGAUUCCAACAUUUCAGGGAGUGAAGUUCACCAGCAGUGACUUAUUGGACUUUGGUCAAUGUGUUCACAAGUUCAAGGAUAGAUUUACUUUGCUGUAUGGAAAAGAUGAGCUACUCUUGUCGGCAAUUGCACUGGGAGCAAGUGGAGCUGUUGGCAGUACAUACAAUUAUAUGGGAAAGUUGUGUAACAAGAUGCUGACUUUUGCUGAGAGAGGAGACUAUGACUCGGCAAGGGAGCACCAGGUUGUGAUCCAGGAGUUCAUUGGCUCUAUAAGUAGAUUUGGUUUUGGAGUGGCUGAAAACAAGGCUACAAUGACACUUGUAUCAGAAAUUCCACUUGGUCCCCCUCGCCUGCCAUUAUUAAAAUGCAAUGAGGAGAAGCGAGCAAAAAUAUUGGCCAUACUGAAAAUCUUAGGCAUAUUGACAUGAACACAACUCAUCAUUAUGGAUGGAAUUCACUCUCAGAACAUUCAUUUACUGUGUUUUACAAUUAUUAAUUUUACCUUUGUUUUGCUUAGACGCAGGACAGGUCUAAGCAUUAAAUCAGUAAUAUUUUGUUACAAUGUAUUAUUUUACGAAGUUCAUGCUGUCAAGUAUGCUUUAGAACGCUGUAAUGUUUAGUUAUAAUUCAUGUCUUUUGAGCUGUACAGGUGGGUGUCCAAAGACCAUUAUGGAAUGUAUUUUAUUGCUACUCGUCCUAAAGGGAGCGCAGUGUUACAAAUUGGCUACGCACAACAAACCAAAAAAGGAGUAACAAUUGUUCUGCGUUUUGGUUUGGAGAUGUAAUGGAUGAGGAAUUAUUUGCAAUAUUAGAAUCUUGUGACCUUCAAACCUACAUUUACAUUGAACAUUGUCCGUGUUAACCACAUCCCCUAAUCUACGUAUCCAAUCCUGUAGAUACAUCAAUGAUUCACAACACUGGACAACCCUGGGUCCUCCCAUGACCUCAUGAUGUUUGCGAGACAUCCUCCUUGCAUUGUAAGAGCCCAAGGACAUGCAUAUUAUUCGAUCACGUUCCAAUAUUGCCUGUUAUGCACCUCCCCAGACAAUUGCCAGCUGUGUUGUACAGUUGACUAAAUAAAUCACUUGACUCCCAGAGUCCACUUCCAGCAUGAAAGAGUUAAUUGAAAAUACACCAGUGGGGGAAAAACCUUCUUCAAUAAACAAAGGAAAGACUUUUAUACGUUUGUUUUAGUGCUCACUGAUGAGCCAUCUAGACUCAACGUUAUCUUGCUGUCUCUCCUUGGAUGAUCUCUGAUCUGUGAUCUCCAGCAUUUGUUGUUUUCAGUUUAGAAAUUACAUUGCAUGUACAAUCAAAUUAAUCAUGUGAUAGGAACUGCAGAUGCUGCAGAAUCUGAGACAACAAGGCGUGGAGCUGGACGAACACCGCAGGCCGAGCAGGAAAGCCGACGCUUUGGGCCUAGACCCUUCUUCAGAAAGAAGAAGGGUUUAGGCCCGAAGCGUCAGCUUUCCUGCUCCUCUGAUGCUGCUUGGCCUGCUGUGUUCAUCCAGCUCUACACCUUGUUAUCUCAAAUUAAUCAUGUGAUUGUUUGGUCAGUGAUAGAUAACAAUCCAUCUUCCAUGAUUUCACUAAGUUUACCAGAAACCCUUAUUCCUAUUGUUGGAGCUUUCACAAUGCAUGCUGUAUUUAACUACAUGCCAAUUCUGUUGACUUCUGCACCUGUAAUUCAGUCCUGCCUGCCAGUAGUCUGCGCCCCCCCCACCCCCCCGACACUGUCUAAAGCUGUCUCAUCCAUAGGAUUUUUAGUGGAAUUUCUUUUCAUGCUUAAUGUACUUUUCUUCAGUUGUAUGUAAAUAUUUAAAGUAAAUCCAUUUGUGAUGGAUCUCAGAUUUUAAAUCAGUUGGGUACGGAAUUCGCCUGUCAGCAUUCUCAAGGGUGUCCUUAUCUAGCUGUCUUUGUAUAAAUGACUGCAUCUGUGUGGUUGCAACAAGACUCUGUUUUCAUUGUAAACUUCUUUGUGUGGUAUUUUAAUGUUGUUACCUUGGAUAUAUUUUGACUACAAAAGUACAAUUAUCAUAACUUUAUGGUCUGUCUUUAAUACCAAACUUAACAAGCUAAUGAUUCAUUUAAAAAUCUUCUCAACCACCUUAUCGUCAACAAUUUUAGCCAUUUUAUGUCAAUUUCACUGCAUAAUCUAAUAAUCUCUUUGGGAAUAAAGAAUCUAAUUCUGCCUUUUAAAAUAUUUAAAGAUUCUGCAUCCAUGCCUUUGAGGAAGCAAAUUCCAAAGACAUGUGACUCCCUCAAUAUUUUUUGUUUUUUUAAAUAGACAACCCCGUAGUUUCUAAUGAUGAUCCCUAGCUCCAGAUUCUCCCAAAAGAGGAAACAUCCUUUUGACAUCCACACACUCAACACCCCACAGGAUCUUGCAUAUUUCAAUUAGUUUAUCUGCAGUUCUCCUGAACUGCAGAAGAUACAGUCCUAUUCUCUAUAGUCUUUUGUUAGAAGUCAAUCCACUCAGUGCAAGCAUUAGUCUGGAUGUUUGUUUAGGAUGCCAGGACUUGGAGGUUGAUUGCAGAUUGUUUCUUCCAAAAAGGCUGCAAACAUUUUGGUUCUGGAAAUAUGUUACUCUCAAACAGAUGGCAGAUAUUUAAAUAUGAAUUGGGACCACACAGGGAAUAAUGAUAUCAAUCAAUCUAACAAAGAAAUGUUGGAAAAGCACAGGAGAAACCAAAGUUUGCACUGGUUUUGAGCUGUGUUAUGUCAGAAGGAUGUGGCUACCAAAGCUACAGAACUGAGGUUUGACUGCUAACUGGUUAUCCUCUCAUCAUCCAUUCAUUGAGAGCUUGAUGAAGAGAAUUUCCGUUAUAAGAAUAAAGUGAAUAUUCCUCAGAGCCUGGUGUCUUCAUAAAUUUUACAAAAUAUAAUCCCAUGUAUCUGUGAUAUUAUGGAUUGUGGAGACUGCCUAAGUGAACCGGCCAGUUACAUCUCUCGGAUAACAAGGUGUAGAGCUGGAUGAACACAGCAGGCGAAGCAGCAUCAGAGGAGCAGGAAAGCUGACAUUUCGUCUCAAAAGGGUCUAGAGCCGAUAUGUCAGCUUUCCUGCUCCUCUGCUGCUUGGCCUGCUGUGUUCAUUCAGCUCUGCACCUUGUUAUUUUAGAUUCUCCAGCAUUGGCAGUUCCUACUAUCUCGGUUACAUCUCUCAGGUUUUUUUUAAUUCAUCCUUCAUUUUGUCUAUCUGCUUGUCUUGGAUUUGCUAGAAUCAAAAGAAUAUUGGAUUUAGAUCACAGACAUUAAUUACAUUACCUUGUUUAACUUUGCUGUGCUGAAGCUACUGUAUUAUUAAAGAAAUUACUUUG